AUGCGAAUUUCGAUGCUUCCAGAUGUGAGGAAGUCUUCUGGAGGCAGAGGCCCAAAUCUAACACAACGGUUGGUGCUGCGGCUCCUGCUGAACGGCCAAUCGUUAGAAGAGUUUGCUGGCGGGCACUCCCCAGCUGCAAUAGCAGCAGCAGCAGCAGAUGAAGAGACGGAAACAACAGCCUCUCCAGCGGCGACGGAUGCAAGUACAGAUGCACUCAACGAUGGAUCCGGGUGCGAAUGCAGCAAGGGGGAGCAAAGUCCCCGUUCUGCUGCUCUGUCCGACCACUUGAAUGCGUGCGCUGCAUCUGCUGCCCUUCUGGAGGGGUUGCUGCGCUCAGCUGAGUCGUUGCCCGGAGGCCUGCAGUCUUUGGGGCUGCAUGCUCUACCUCGCCCCGGUGAAAUAGCAAUGCUCCUCGGUCGCCUUUCCGCCAACGUGCACUCUAUAACGAAUUCGGGGGACGCCGGGGCAUCCGGGGCCUCUCCUUCAGGGGCCUGCCCAUGCUGCGAUAUCGGAAAAGAAGUAGCACUUGGGCUUUAUGGCCAACCGGUCUGUAAAUUCAACCACUCUUGCUUUCCCAAUGCUGCCAUUGUGUUCGGGGGCCCCCAAGGGUUGCAGGAAAUAGCUGUCGUUGCCUCUCGGUCAAUUGCAAAAGGCGAAGAGGUCUGCGUUUCUUACGUAUCCCCCGCCGCUGUGCGACAGGAGAGGAGGACUAAGCUAUACCUUGGCUAUGCAUUCACUUGUACAUGCGUACUUUGUUGCUCGUGCAGCGAUAGAACGCACAGCAGCAGCAAUGACAGCACCCAUGGGAACAGCAUCUGCAGCAGCAAGGGCAGUGCUGAAUGCGGCGGAAGCAACACCACAAGCCCUUCCAGAAGCGGGAGUAACAACGGCAUCAACAGCAACGCAAAAAGGAGCCAGCCUUGUUCCGUUUCCUUCUCUCCAUCCGAGGCGUUUGAUUUGCAGCUGCGUGCAAUCUUCUGCCCCAAGCCUCCUUGCGUUUCUCUACGGAAUACAGCAGAGGCAAAUGUUCUUCUUAACCUAGAGAAUAGCAACCAGGAAUACUCGGAGAGUAUCCGCCAUUGUGGGGAUGCACCCUCUGAGAACGCCUCCGGCGGAUCAAGCAGCAGCUGCGCAGAUGCGAUAAGCCCUAAGGGGCUUGAAAGGGCUGCCCGCCUUCGGCGGUUGCAACUGCCGGUACUUUGUAUCCAGAGACGGGGAAAGGACACAUGGGAGCCGGUGCAGAUCUGUACAAGCGAUACGACGCCACAAAAAGCUAUCGCAGAGGGGUCUUCAACUCAGUGUAACCCCAGUAUUAGACUCGUUCCAGAAGAACUGGAACAAUUGGCGUCUGGCAGUGGGCCCACUCAUGUGGUUCCACCUGUACCGGACAUUCGUUGCUCCGCGUGCGGUGAUAUUUACCAAGCUGGAGAUAUUGUGCGUGUACUGGGGAUCAUGAAGAAGUUGGACGAAAGCGCUCAGCGCCUGUCUCAAGCUUGCUGCAUGGAAGAUAGUGAGGCAAUUGAAUUGGAGGGGAGGGCCGCUUUAAAGCUGUUCUCUGCAAUUCGGGCAUAUGUACAUCCCGGAAACCUAUGCCUAUUAAACGUCGCAGAGAGCCUCAAUCGUUCGUGCAAGGGACUCGCUGCACUUUACAAUGGCGUCGGGCUGACUGUUUCCCAGCAUCUCUCCCGCGCUGCUGCAGCGCUGCACGGCCGGUGCAGCACCCAGCAUGCAGACCUGUUGCUGACUGAAGGUUCUCUCCUGCAUUUUCUUUCCCAAGCGGAUACCGAGGAGGAGGCUCUGCAGGCCUGGUCUCUGUGGGCCGAAGGAGAUCCUGAAACGGCAGCAGCCGUAGGCGCAGGAGGAGGCGCAUCCGUUCCAGACCCAGGCGAGGGUGAGGCCGGCUGUGGAACGCGAGCCAAGUUAGCAUUGCAGGCUCGCGAAUGCCUGCUGCAAGCAUGCAGUAUUUUCUUUUCGUAUGAAGGCUGCUGCGCAGAGAGGAAAAAAGGCCGAGUUGCAGAGGGACGGAUUGUUGACUGUGAAAGGGAACUGCAGGCUUUGGGAUUUACUUCUUAG